UUAAAGGGGUUUGCUGCGAGGACUCCUCCCAGCCUUGCAGGAGUCAGCGACGGCGACGGCUGGAGAGAGUAAGACGAGGAAGCGUCCGCUGCUGGAGCCAAUGCCGCCCUUUGGCUCUCCGGGAGGAGCGUCCCUGCCCGGAUGAGUGUCCGCCGUGUGUUCCCGACUGUCCCCCGGCGGGAGCGCGUCUCGGAAGAUCGCGGCUCCUUUGCCUGCCCCGGUAGGAUGUGGUGAAAGGAUGGGGCUUCUCCCUCCGGAGAGUCACAAUGGCCAGAGAAGACUCCGUGAAGUGUUUGCGCUGUUUGCUCUACGCCCUCAACCUGCUCUUUUGGUUAAUGUCCAUCAGUGUCUUGGCUGUUUCUGCUUGGAUGAGGGACUACCUGAAUAAUGUUUUGACUUUAACUGCAGAAACAAGGGUAGAAGAGGCGGUCAUCUUGACUUACUUUCCCGUGGUUCACCCAGUCAUGAUUGCUGUUUGCUGUUUCCUUAUCAUCGUGGGGAUGUUGGGAUAUUGUGGAACAGUGAAGAGAAAUCUGUUGCUUCUUGCAUGGUACUUCGGAACAUUACUCGUCAUCUUCUGUGUAGAACUGGCUUGUGGUGUGUGGACAUACGAGCAGGAGGUUAUGGUGCCGGUACAGUGGUCAGAUAUGGUUACUUUGAAAGCCAGAAUGACAAAUUAUGGCUUGCCCAGGUAUAGAUGGCUUACACAUGCUUGGAACUUUUUUCAGAGAGAGUUUAAGUGUUGUGGAGUAGUGUACUUCACUGACUGGCUGGAAAUGACAGAGAUGGACUGGCCUCCAGAUUCCUGCUGUGUUAGGGAAUUCCCAGGAUGCUCCAAGCAGGCCCACCAGGAAGAUCUCAGUGACCUUUACCAAGAGGGUUGUGGGAAGAAAAUGUAUUCCUUUUUGAGAGGAACCAAACAAUUGCAAGUGCUAAGGUUUCUAGGGAUCUCUAUUGGUGUGACACAAAUCCUGGCCAUGAUUCUCACCAUUACUCUGCUCUGGGCUCUGUAUUAUGAUAGAAGGGAGCCUGGGACAGACCAAAUGCUGUCUCUGAAGAAUGAUACUCCUCAGCACCUGUCAUGUCACUCUGUGGAACUGUUAAAACCAAGCCUUUCAAGGAUCUUUGAGCAUACAUCAAUGGCAAAUAGCUUCAAUACACACUUUGAGAUGGAAGAAUUAUGAAGAAUGUCAAAGGAGGAAAUCACAAGCUUGUGGCAGUAGUGAGUUUCAAUGUGCAUGGUUAUCUGUUUCAGAAAUGUUUAAACAGAGGAAUAUUCUGCAAAAGAAUGUCUAAGAAUAUAAUUUUCACUCUUUAAAACAAAGAUUUGUAGUAGGCUUUCUUGGACCACUAGCACCCAAAUCAUGGAGACUUAUUAGUUAUGA